GAAAAAUGCAUAGUACUGUAGCGUGCGACCAAGCCGGUGGACUGGCUAGGGUCGGAGAUGAGCUACUCUCGUUAAAGCAGGGCACAAUGACCAUGCAACAUAAUUGAUCUCGCCUGAGCUGCUUAUGUAUUGCAAUGCGAUGUUUUUCCCCCUCCUCCUCGUUUUCGCUCAAUCCAAGGACAUUUGCUUGCACUGAAUACCGAGGCAAAGGGCAAAAGCUAGCCAACACUGAGUAUCUUGUGCAGCAGAUGUGACCAACCCAGCCUCAACGAGAGAGACACAAACAUUUCUUGCUGCACCCCAAUUUGUUGCAUGCCUUGAUAUCCUUCUCUCCACUCAUUGCCGGGAUGAAGACCGUAUUUUCGCUUGCCGGUGCGGCCUCGGCGCUGCUCUUCGGGGUGGCUGGUGACGCCCUGGCUCAAUCCGAUCCGGAUCCCGCUGGCACCAUCUAUGACGGUCCUGUACCGGACAGCCUCUACGGGUCUAACUUCAUAUAUCCCUGGCCUGUAAAGCAGUUGAACUUUUACAAUCAGCACCAAAACUUGUCGAUGGCGUUUAUGGACAUCCCAUCAACAUCCUCGUGCGGGGCAGACAACAAAAUAGCCGUUCUACUCCAUGGCGGCAACUUCUGCGGUGUCACCUGGUCGGAGACCGCGCGCAAUCUUUCUGCCGCAGGUUUUCGUGUAAUCCUACCAGAUGACAUCGGCUUCUGCAAGUCCAGCAAACCCCAAGGUUACUCAUACAGCGUCGACCAGCAGGCUAUGAACAUAAAGAGCCUGCUUACAGCACUCAACAUCAUCAAUCCUGUCACUGUGAUGGGUCACUCUAUGGGUGGAAUGAUCGCCGCUCGCUAUGGCCUCAUGUACCCUGACACUGUACACCAACUCAUCUUGGUCGAUCCGCUCGGCCUUGAAGACUGGGUUGCCAAAGGCGUGCCUUUCUUGUCGAUAGAUCAGACAUACGAGAGUCAAGUUGUGCAGACCUUUGAUACCUUGAAGGCCUAUGAGAAGGCUAAUUACUUCUACAACGCCACAUGGGAGCCUUCGUAUGACGUUUGGGUGCAGAUGCUUGCAGAUAUCUACGCUAGUGAUUACGGCAGCGAGUACGCCUACGUUAUGGCCCUCGUCACCGAUGCUUUGUUGAGCCAGCCCGUCGUCUAUCAACUGCCGUUACUGAAGACACGAACCUACCUCAUGGUUGGUGAGAACGACAUCACAGCUCUCGGUAAAGCCUGGUCCUCCACCGCAGUUGCUGCUACACUGGGACACUACGACGUGAUUGGUCCGGUCGCUGCUGCUGCCAUCCCAAACAGUACUUUUCAUAUAUUUUCAGGGUUGGGUCAUGCGCCCUUCUUACAGGACCCUGAGGCCUUCCACCGGGUUCUUUUCUCAUGGCUUGACUAAAAGAGGGAGUUGUCAUGAUAACAGAGCAGAUAUUCUAUUCUUAUUGAGAAGAACUGUAAAUGACUGUAACAUAAAUACUUAAUUAACCAAAUUAAACAGAAG